GCCUUUCUACCCAUCAUCCCAUCGACACGGGUUGAUAUUAUCCGCCAACAUGGCGUACAGCAAGAAUAUCACCGACCUACACUGUCUUACGAUCGAGGAGCUGCGCGUCCUCGCAGCGCAGCGCAUGGACAAGCAGACACGUGACUACUACAACGAAGGCGCAGACUCUGGCUCAACGCUCGCCGAGAACAUCACCGCAUACCAGAAAUACCGUAUCCGCCCACGCGUGCUCCGUGAUAUCUCCGUCAUCGACACCACCGUUGAUGUCUUUGGGACUAAGUCGAGCAUGCCAAUCGGCGCAGCCUCGACAGCUAUGCACUGUCUCGCCCACCCCGAUGGCGAGAUCGCAACCGCACGCGCGUGCAAGGAACAAAACGUCGUCAUGGGCCUGAGCAGUUUCGCAACGCAAACCCUUGAAGACGUGAAGGACGCAAUCGGCAUGACACCCAUGGCGCUGCAACUCUAUCUCUUCGAAGAUCGAGACCACAGCGUGAAGCUAAUCAAGCGGGCAAAAGCUAAGGGCUACAAAGCCGUAUUGCUGACGGUCGACACGCCAGUCCUGGGACGCAGGAAUAUGGAAAUCAGGAAUCAGUUUACGCUGCCAAAGCAUUUGCGAAUUGCGAAUUUUGCGAAUCGGGAUGAUGAGAAGAGUGGGGAUAGCAAUACCAAGCAGAGCGCUAGCGAGUCUGGGUAUCAUGAUGGAGAGAACAGGGUGCUGCCCAAGGGCCCGAUUCGAUUUCAUACACAUGCUGCAAAUCCUACGUUGACGUGGGAGAAGGAUAUUGAGUGGCUGAAGCAGCAGUGCCACCCAGAGAUGGAAGUUUGGGUGAAGGGUGUUGCGACGGGAGAGGAUGCCCUGCUUGCAUGCCAUCACGGCGUUGAUGGUAUUGUGGUGUCGAACCAUGGUGGUCGCCAGCUCAACGGCGCGUUGGCGACUAUAGAUGCGCUGCCUGAAGUUGUGCAGGCUGUAAGAAGUCAAGAGAAGAAGAUCUCAGUACACGUCGAUGGCGGCAUUCGACAUGGCACCGAUGUGUUCAAGGCGCUGGCGCUUGGUGCGGACUUUGUAUGGAUUGGCAGGCCCAUUCUGUGGGGGUUGGCGUACAAAGGGCAAGAGGGUGUCGAGCUUGCGUUGCAGUUGAUUCGCGAUGAGUUCAAGCUGUGUAUGGGUCUUGCUGGUGUUACAAGCGUGAAAGAUAUUGGACCAGAGUACUUAGUCAAGAUCGAUAAGAGUGGAUUCACGAGCCGUUUGUAGACCUGUCGAUCAGUGAUCGCUUGUAGUAUAUGUCAGUAUUCUUCAAGGUGCAGCGCUGCUGCUAUGAAUGACAAAA